AUGUCCAGCCAAAAAGUCCAAGCCUCCGUCCUGCACGGUGCUCGCGAUCUCCGUGUUGAAGAGCGCGACCUACCCACACCCGCCGCCGAUGAGGUCCAAAUCGCCGUCCAAGCUACCGGCCUCUGCGGCUCCGACCUCCACUACUUUAAUCACUUCCGCAACGGCGACAUCCUUGUCCGCGAGCCCCUCACUCUAGGCCACGAGUCGAGCGGCACCGUCGUCGCCGCCGGCAGCGCCGUGAAGGACCUUGUCCCCGGCGACCGCGUCGCCCUCGAGGUCGGCUUGCCCUGCGAAAACUGCGAGUACUGCACCAGCGGCCGCUACAACAUUUGCCGCGGCAUCAAGUUUCGCAGCUCCGCCAAGGCCUUUCCCCACGCCCAGGGCACGCUGCAGGAGCGCGUCAACCACCCUGCCCGCUGGUGUCACAAACUGCCUCCGGCCUUGUCGCUCGACCUCGGCGCCGUGCUUGAGCCCCUCUCCGUCGCCAUGCACGCCCGCGACAGAGCGAACCUACCCGAAGGCGCGACGGUGCUGGUGAUUGGCGCCGGCGCCGUCGGCCUGCUCGCCGCGGCGGUCAGUAAAGCCGCCAAUGCCAAGACGGUCGUCAUUGCCGAUAUCCAAAAGGACCGCAUCGACUUUGCUGUGCAACAUGGCUUUGCGGAUGCGAGCGUGCUUGUUCCCAUGGAGCGCCCGCAGACGAUUGAAGACAAGCUCGCGUACGCGCAGAAAGUCGCCGACAUGGUCAAAACCACGACCGUCAACGGCGAGGCCGUCGGCGAGGUCUCUGCUGUAUACGAAUGCACCGGCGUUGAGACGUGUGUUCAGGCUUCAAUUUACGCCACAAAGCCAGGCGGCAAAGUCAUGAUUAUCGGCAUGGGGACGCCGAUCCUCACACUGCCCAUGUCCGCCGCGGCCCUCCGCGAAGUCGACCUCCUCGGUGUCUUUCGCUAUGCCAACACAUAUGCCAGGGCCAUUGAGCUGGUCGUCAAUCGCCCAGCUGCUAUGCCGGAUCUGUCGCCGCUCGUCACGCAUCAUUUCAAGGGUAUCAGCAAUAUCCCCAAGGCAUUUGCCAUGGCCGGCCAGGUCAAGGACGAACAAGGGAAGCUAGUGCUCAAGGUGGUGGUGGAUAUGGAGUAA